UAUUUUUUGCAGCAAUAUCCCUCCAACAUUUGAUAAGUAGCACAUCAGCUGCUGCCGCAUUUUCUUGUUGUUCGACGCCUUUUGUAGUGCUUCUAAUCCUGCAGAAUGUGAUAUUUUGGCAGAGAUUUCUGUCUCAUUGUCACUAGCAUCACUUGAAACUGUCUCAUCGCCAUUGUUACAAACAAUUUUUUUUAGUUCUGUAUCAGUUAAUUCUUCCACCAAAUCAUCACCAUUAAUCCACUCGCCAAUAUCUGCUUGGUGAAGAGCAAUUCAUCAAUACUUGCCUAAAAUGAUACAUUUCCUAUGAGCAACAAUGCCAUUAAAUAACUAGGCGUUUUCUGAAAUUAUCGAAAACCAACAAGCUUUUUUAAAAAACAUACCACCUGAAAUGUGCUCGCUGUUUGCAUAAUAGAUGAAAAAGUAAGCGUGGCUAAUCAAGGUACAAAAAGAAAAAUGAGCAGUUCGGAGGAAGUUUCGUGGAUUUCAUGGUUUUGCGGGCUCAGGGGCAAUGAGUUCUUUUGUGAGGUAGAUGAGGACUAUAUUCAAGACAAAUUCAACUUGACUGGCUUGAACGAACAAGUUCCACAUUACAGACAAGCCUUAGACAUGAUCCUUGAUUUAGAGCCAGAUGAUGAGCUAGAUGAUAAUCCAAACCAGUCAGAUUUGAUAGAGCAGGCAGCGGAGAUGUUAUAUGGAUUGAUACAUGCCAGAUAUAUAUUAACAAAUCGAGGAAUUGCCCAAAUGAUAGAAAAGUACCAAUCUGGAGAUUUUGGAUUCUGUCCUAGAGUUUACUGUGAAUCACAGCCUAUGUUACCAUUAGGACUAUCUGAUGUGCCUGGUGAAGCCAUGGUGAAAUCAUACUGCCCAAAAUGCAUGGACGUAUAUACGCCAAAGUCUUCUCGGCAUCAUCACACUGAUGGGGCCUAUUUUGGUACAGGGUUCCCCCACAUGCUCUUCAUGGUACACCCGGAGUACAGGCCGAAACGCCCGACGAAUCAAUUUGUACCCCGACUGUUUGGCUUCAAAAUCCACCCAUUGGCUUAUCAGCUACAGCAGCAAGCAGCUUCAACCUUCAAAACUCCUUUGAGGAGCUUGAAUUUCAAUAAUGGUAAACGUUAGUUAACUGGGAUACAAAUAGAGAGAUGAUCAUCAUUUUUUCUGGAAGUAAUUUUAGCGUAUUUUAUUUCUUGUAGGUAAGGUAUUCUGAAUUGUAUACAUUUGAAUUUAAACAUAGAUAAAAAUUUCAUUUGUAUGUAUGGUAAUUCUGAAAUAUUGUGGUUAAUUUAAAUAAAGCAAUGUUUACAUAUGA